AUGAUAGGUGGUGGUCAAUUGGGUCGCAUGUUAGCCCAGUCUGCAUCUCUUCUCACGAUCCCUAUAACAAUCUUGGAUGUUGGCCACUCUCCAGCAAAGCAUGUCAUUCACCCCGCACCUUCAAACAUCAAUCCAUUAACAUCCUCGAAUAUCCUCGAUGCCAAUACAACCCCAACAGAGUCGCACGGAGAGGGACAUAUCGACGGCUCCUUCUCCGACCCGGAAAAGAUUCUCGAGCUUGCGCGACGCGUCGAUGUCCUCACCGUAGAGAUAGAGCACGUGAACGUUGCUGCUCUCGAGUCCGCCGAGCGGGAGACAGGGGUACUCGUCCAACCACGGCCUAGCACUAUCCGGACGAUCCAAGACAAGUAUCUCCAGAAGGUGCACCUUGUUAAGCACGGCGUGCCUGUAGCCGAGAGCGAGGCGGUCGCUAGUAAUGCAGCGGCCAUCGAGGAGCAAUGCAAGAAGUGGGGGAUGCCUCUAAUGCUCAAGAGUCGGACAGGGGCGUACGACGGAAGGGGGAACUUCGUCGUCAGCGACAUCUCCCAGGCUGGGCAGGCCCUGCAGGCGCUGAAAGAUCGCCCAUCGUACGCCGAACGCUGGGCUGCCUUCAAGAAAGAGAUAGCAGUGAUGGUCGUACGCUCCCUUACGGGGGAAGUCGUGAGCUACCCGGCGGUCGAGACGGUGCACAAGGAGAGCGUAUGCCACCUGGUAUUCGCCCCGCUCAGGAGCGACGAUCCGGCUGUAGAGGAGAGAGCGAGGAAGGUCGCUGAGGACGCGGUACGGACGUUUGAGGGUGCUGGAGUGUUUGGAGUAGAGAUGUUCUUGAUGCCAGAUGGCUCCAUACUGGUGAACGAGAUCGCCCCGCGACCACACAACAGCGGCCACUACACGAUCGAGGCGUGCAAUACCUCGCAAUAUACGAACCACUUGCUUGCCAUUCUCGGACUUCCGCUGGGCUCGACAGGCAUGAAAGUCCCUAGCGCAGCGAUGCUCAACAUCCUCGGCUUCUCAUCUUCCUUCAGCCCUAUCUCCCAGCUGGUCAGUACAGCACUCACAGUCCCAGGUGCGACCGUUCAUCUGUAUGGGAAAGCCGAGUCCCGCAAAGGCCGUAAAAUGGGGCACAUAACUGUCGUCGGGUCCUCUGACGCCGAAGUCCGUUCCCGCCUUCGGCCUCUCCUCGCUGCCCUCCUCCCAGACCCCAAGAACACGCAGUAUGCCCCUCCUCCCCAGACUCCGGGAUUCUCCUCCCCCCACCCACUGGUAGGGAUAAUAAUGGGCUCCGACUCAGACCUGCCCACCAUGCUGCCUGCCGCCCACGUGCUGGACAGCUUUGGGGUCCCAUACGAACUGACGAUCGUCAGUGCGCACAGGACGGCGGAGCGCAUGACCCAGUAUGCGAGGGGCGCGGCGAGCAGGGGGCUGAGGGUCGUCAUCGCUGGCGCUGGAGGGGCCGCGCAUCUUCCGGGAAUGGUGGCGGCGAUGACUGCGCUGCCGGUGGUGGGUGUGCCGGUUCGAGGGAGCGCGCUAGAUGGAGUGGACUCGAUGUGGAGUAUCGUGCAGAUGCCUCGAGGCGUCCCCGUCGCCACGGUCGCUAUCAACAACUCGACGAACGCGGCACUCCUAGCUAUCCGCAUCAUCGGUGCGUCAAUGCCCAGCCUGCUCCAGCAGAUGGAAAAGUACAUGCGGGAUAUGGAGCAGGAGGUUAUGGGCAAGGUUAGCAGGCUGGGGGAAGAGGGCUGGGAGAAGUAUCAGGCUAAGAAACAUUAG